CACACAUGCACACACACACACUGGGAUCAGGGUAAACACACACGCACACACACACACUGGGUUCAGGGUAAACACACACACUGGGAUCAAGGUAAACACACACACACACACACUGGGAUAAGGGUAAACACACACACACUGGGAUAAGGGUAAACACACACACACUGGGAUCAGGGUAAACACACACACACUGGGAUCAGGGUAAACACACACACACUGGAAUCAGGGUAAACACACACACUGGGAUCAGGGUAAUCACACACGCACUGGGAUCAGGUUAAACACACACACUGGGAUCAGGUUAAACACACACACACUGGGAUCAGGUUAAACACACACACACUGGGAUCAGGUUAAACACACACACACUGGGAUCAGGUUAAACACACACACACUGGGAUCAGGGUGAACACACACACACUGGGAUCAGGGUAAACACACACACACAGGGAUCAGGGUAAACACACAAACACACUGGGAUCCGGGUAAACACACACACUGGGAUAAGUGGGGUACUCCACAAAGCCGGUUUUAUCACAUAACCGGGUAAGCAGGGCUUGAAAACGAAAUUUUCCGAAUGGAACCGGUAUAUUUAACGUUUUCGUUCUUGCGUUCCGCCGCCAACAUAUCGUUCCUGAACCGGUUCGGAACGUAAAAUAACGUUCGUUCUUAACGUUCCGGCAGUGUUAAUGGCCCUCAUUUAUCAAACAAGCGUACGACAGAAAACGUGCGUAAAAUGGACGUACGCUCAUUUCAACGUUGAGCUUGGCAUUUAUCAAUUUGAUCGUGAGCGCAGGCUGCGAUGAAAUCUCACGUCAGGUCUGAGCUCGUGUACGCAAGUUUUUUUGGCGCAACAUACGGGUAUUUCCCUGAUGAAUAGUGCAGCACAAGUAGCCCAUGUUGCACAUCUGUAUUAAUUACUAAAUAAAUUGGAAUUAGCCCAGCCGUUCAAACAAUUACAAUCAAGUCAGGCCUAAUUAAAAACAGUAUUGCUAUGAAAAUAAUUAGAAUGUGACAGGUGAAAUGUUUAUUCAGCUGUCUAUAUUAACAGGAGCUUUGCCAAAUAGGUGGUCGAGUCUCAGCGAUGGCAGAUCUGGCUCUGUUAUUAGAGGACCUCAACGCGAAGACGAGAGAGAGUUUUUCGAGGCCGCGGCGAUUUUUUUAUGGAGAGCGAUGAAUGGCUCUUGAGUCGUUUUCGUCUCCCAAGGCAUCUCCUGAUGGAGCUAUGCAAUGCUUUGGAGCCACAGUUAAGGCGAGAAUAGGCGAUCAAACGCAAUACCUGUGCUCUACCUUGGGGUUUUUGGCCACCGGGAGCUUUCAGCGGGAGAUCAGAGACAGGUCUGGUAUUUCCCAGCAAAGUAUUAGCCGAACCAUGCCAGCUGUUUUGGCAGCUAUAAUGUCCCUCUCCGAACGUUAUAUUAAAUUCCCAUAUAAUAACGAUCAGCAAACUGGAAUCAAACAGGACUUUUAUGCUAUUGCUAGGUUUCCAAAUGUGAUUGGUGCGGUUGAUUGUACCCAUGUGCGUAUGAAGCCACCAUCUAUUAAUGAUUAUGCGUACAUCAACCGCAAAAGCUACCAUUCAGUUAAUGUUCAGAUUAUUUGCGUUGCCAGAAUGUCAAUCCUGAACAUGGUAGCCCGAUGGCCUGGGGGCACGCACGAUUCUUUUAUUUUCCAAAAUAGCAACGUUGGGCAUCAUCUACAUCAGGGUGCACUACAUGGUCAGAGUCAUCUCCUCGGUGAGUUACGCUGCAGUUCUCUUGAAAAACGUUUAAGACAUCGCACUAAAAGUUUGAUGUGAUUCAUCUAGGUGACAAAGGCUAUGCCCUGAACGAGUACCUAAUAACUCCUCUGGCUCAUCCGAACACGGAUCAGGAGCACAACUUCAACAGCGCUCACGCGCACAAGGGCAACAGUGGAGCGAUGUAUAGGCCUACUCAAGGGCAGGUGGAUGUCCAUCGGGUCAGCGGGGGGAACGUUGCUCUACAGCCCAGAAAAGACCUGCAAUAUUAUUUUAGCAUGUGGGGUUCUGCAUAAUAUUGCGCUGGCAAAUGGGGUGCCAUUUGCCGACCGGCAGCCAGAUGACCCGAUGCCCAGAGAUCCCUGGCCACUAUUUCAACUGGCCCGCUUCACAGCCGCAACACGUUUUUUGGUGCCGAGCUUCAUGUCGGACCAUUUUUUCUUCACCUUAUUCGGAAUAAAAUAACUUUAACGCAAUGCAAACAAUAGCAUAUAUGUGAAAUGUUUUAAGCUGGAUAACAGAAAUUUUACAUUUAAUUUAUUAUUUAAUUAAUUUAAUUAACAAACCUCUUCCGUAGCCCGAUGAACAUUGGAAACACUAUUCACUGCAACAUUUAUUUCCUUCCAUGUAGCAUUAUUUUGCUUGCCUUUAAUGCCAGCUUUUAGGCUACCAAACAAAACCAGACGGUUCGCAUCCACCAGUGACACGAGCGUCUCCAUUUCGGUCUCGGAAAAAUUCCUCUAUUUUUUUUACCGUUGGACGUUUCUCCAUGUCGUAAAAGUUAGGGGCGAGACUUCUGAAGACGUGCUUUUAUGUGGGCGUGUUAGGUUAAUUACGAUCGAUGUCAGCCGCCAUAUUUAUCAACACCAAGAUCCUUACGCUGCGAUUGGUGUGAUACGAAAGUUUCGUGAAUCUCACGUGGGUCCUAAGGGCCGGCGCUCGGCAUAGGCGAGCUAGGCGACCGCCUAGGGCGACAAAUGCGUUGGGGGCGCCCUCUGGUGGCGCCCUUAAUUAGUCCAUUAAAAUGUACGACGCGAACGGAGAAGGGAGGGGGCGCGGGAGCAAUCGCCAGGGUGGCCCGAAACCGUCACCGUAGCACACACCCCCGCUCGGAAGACCUGUCCAGGGCGCAAGUUGAUUUUGAGUCGCCUAGGGUGCCGAAACGGCCAGCGCCGGCUCAUGCGUUCAGAUUUGCGCUCAUUUCUAUGUUCGUUUGAUAAAUGAGGGCCAUUGUGCCUAGUCUAUUUUUGUGGUCGAUAAAAGGGUGACCAGAUGUGUCGCUUUGUGCGGGACAGUCCCGCAUUUCCAUUACUUUGUACACGUCCCGCAAAUUGAGACGUUGUCCCGCGUUGUUAUUAGGGCUGGCCCGAAUUACCGUAUUUUCCGGACUAUACGUCGCUCCCGAGUAUUAGUCGCAUCAGUCAAAAAAUGCUCCAUGACGAGGAAAAAAACAUAUAUACGUCGCAUCGGUGUAUAAGUCGCAUUUAUUUUUAAACAUUUAAACAAGAACGUUUAGUCUGGAGAGACUGAAUAAAAUUGCAAUAGCAAUAUAGGUGUGUCGGUCCCACUCGUAGUUCUGAGAGUAUACCGAAUUCAGUGACACCGGGAUUCCACCGGAAACGUAUGCGCCGCGGUCCUAAACCUGAGCGCACGAUCGGGAGGUGGAAGUUGCGCUUUAGAUGCCUUCACAAGUCCAGCGGAGGGCUCCAGUUUUCGCCGGCCAAGUCAUGCGCUGUGAUAUGUGUGAUUAUGUUGCACAUCAUUGCAGCUAAGGCUGGGGUAGCUUUGGUUGAACCGGAGGACAUUGAGGACGAUGACGACGAGAAUAUAAUUUAUUCGGUGGUGCAGUAGGCUUGCAGCGUUCAGUUGUAGGCCUAAUGAAUGACGGUGCCAUCUUGCGGCCGAAGAUUAUGUACGCACAAUUUUGGCAUAUAAGUCGCAGGGCAAGCCAAACUACAAAAAAACCGCGACUUAUAGUCCGGAAAAUACGGUAUUCGAAUAUUCAAAUACUCGUUGGGAACAUUUUUAUUCAAAGCUUAAAUCAGUAUUCGGAGCUUCGUUGUUUCACGUAUUUGACGUUACCAGAGCGAGGGAGGCAAACUAUAAGCGACACCAAGCAGAGAAGCGAGAGAGGUGGAGGAAGAAUAGAUAUCUUGUUUCCCUUUACUUUAUAACAACAUUAGCGGGAUCUCGGGAGGAAAAUAAAUGCUUAGUGAAAUGCUAACCUUAGCUUAGUUGUUUGUUUACGUUCCCUGUACAGCGCCGCGCCAAUCAACUGUGACUGGCUUGCUGCAGAGCGUGAGCGUCUUGCGAAUACCCGGUCAAUAUAAUGGAUAUAAUAUGGACACGUAAGACAAUCAAUAUUCGGUAUUUGUUAUGGAUUUAUUGUACAAAUUCGCUGAAAAGAUGCACGUUCCAGAAUGAAUUGAAAAGCUCCCGCAAGAGCUGAGAUUGCAGAGGACAGCUGAUUUGGUACGGAACAACAGCUGUUGGCUUCCACGGGGAAAAACUAAGUAACUCCAACUUACUUAGGCCUACUAAUUAACGUUUAAAAGCUAUUAAAUCUUCAACAAAAUAUGCAGAUACUGUAAAAAAUCGGUUCCAGGGAGUAUAUAGGGAUUAUUAAUGUUUCUGAUGGUGUGUUUUUCUGGAAUGAGUAUUCGAAUAUUCGCUCGGAAAAACCAACGAGUAUUCGAAGCCUGAAAAAUGGCAGUAAGACUCGAUUUUUGAAAUAAGUGUUUUAUAAUCUGGCCUUUAUCAAAUAGCUGUGUGUAGACAGCAGUGAGGGCUGUCAUCGGGGAGCGGGCGGGCUGUCUGAUCAUGUCAAUGAAACUUGGACACAGACGCAUGUUAAGGGCACGCCCACCAACAAGAAACAAUGCAAAGGCGAUACAGUGGACCCGGUUAAUUUAACUCGCGUUACCUUUGUCGAAGAUAGAGCUCAGUGCAUCUGUUGCUUCCAAAUCGCCUCUCGCCAGGGUGGUGGUGGGAAUUUGUGACAACUGAGCUUAGCUGGCGGCGAAGUGAACGCGGCAACCGGAAACAUUUUUAUUUUUUCAUGAAAUAGGCUAUGCUUUUGUGAAAUUUUAUAGGCUAUAUAGAGAACGAAAAAACCCGUUAUUAACCGGUUUUGGGGAUUUCAGAAUAACGUUUCUGGGCCCCGUUUCCCGAUAUCGAUGCAUCUUCGCUCGUAAGAUGGUUCGAAAGAGGGAGCUUUCGAACCAUCGAUAAUUUCUUUGGAGCGUUUCCCAAAACUCCUCUUAACGUGAACGCGCAUUCGCUGCACUCAAGACGAUCUUAGAAUUGUAGCCUACCUGUCCACUGACAUCGUGCUGAAACGGGCUAUGACGCAGGGGGAGACGCAGGAAUGUCGGAGGAAAAUGGGGUUAAAAAGGGUUAAAAUAUCUCCCCAUCAAGGCCAACCGCAGAGUAGCCUACGAAAAGAAUAGAUUGCAAUAAUAUGAAUGCUAAAGAUAUUAAAACACAAUUGAUUAAGCCUAGGCCGACAUAUAUAGCAGUCCUAAUCCUGAGCGCACGAUCGGGAGGUGGAAGUUGCGCUUUAGAUGCCUUCACAAGUCCAGCGGAGGGCUCCAGUUUUUCGCCGGCCAAGUUAUGCGCUGUGAUAUGUGUGACAGCUAUGUUGCACAACAUUGCAGCUAAGGCUGGGGUAGCUUUGGUUGAACCGGAGGACAUUGAGGACGAUGACGACGAGGAAGAUCGGUGUGAGGACGGCCUCCCUCAUAACUACGCGGCUGGUUUUCAUGCACGUCGAAGAGUGAUUGAGACUUUUUUUUAACCCCCUCCACCCUCCCACAUUUCACUAAACAUUCCCGUCAACGUGACCAAUCCCCACCAUAUCCCAGCCUUUUGCCUGCUCCUUUGCUUGUUUUUUAUAAAAAUAUAUAAUAUUCUUUUUUAUAAUUUAUUUAUUUAUUUUUUUUUUUACAUUAUUUUAUAGAACGAUGGCUAUUGCGUCGUCGGUGGAUCUGUUAGUCCGGUAUGCAAACUGGUGUGUGUCCAGGGUGGGGGGGAGACAGGCUUUGAUGUGUCUCAAAACCAGUUUCUCAAAGCACUUGGUGAUGACUGGGGUGAGUGCUAUGGGGCGGAAGUCAUUGAGGCUGAGUACUAUGCCGAGAGGCGCUUACAACAGAAAGUAUCAAAUAGUCCUAACAGACUUAUAUCCACUGGAGAAUAUUCGAUCGUAGCCGGCGGCUUCAUUACAAGCACUAAUCCAUCUUGAUCUGUGAAGUUGAUGAAUUGUCAGUUUUAGGUUUUCUACCUAGUUACUAAAAAAAACAUUUGGAACAUAUGCGCUGUGGCACGCACACGGUUUGCAUGUGUUACUUCGAAGGUAAACAAAGACUCUCUGAGGAGGUACCUCCAGGUACCCCCUCCAUGCCAGGGCGCCCUGAAUUUAUGUAUAAUAAAAACUCCUCACCGGGGUCAAGACAUUUUGAGGGCCAGAUCCAGUCUGCCGACUGUCGGCCUUUUCACGAUUGGCUUAAAAAAAGGGCUUAUUUAAAUGUAUACCAAUACGAUGGUGGGAAAAGCUUACCAGUUUGUAUGUUUUUAUGCUUCAUUUUUACUUGAUCCGCUGACCGCUUGGGAGCCAUCGGAGUAGGCCUACAUAUUUUUUUUUAGUGGUAGGAACGUUAAGAAUGCUUAACUGGGAUAUUUAUAGAUUUGUGGCUCAAAUAUUAAGGAUCAUGCUUUUGACAUGUAACUAACGCAUUUACGCAGUCAGCGAUCCGCUGCCAGGCUUUGGUUCUCCGGGUUGCAGAUGCUUUACCCUUUUCUUGUGAUAAUGUCCUUCUCCGCGUCAUAGCUCUCCAGGAGAACCUGGAGUUCCAUUUCAUUGGAUUAAGCGGCCCGUUUCGCCAUUUCAAUCAGGGUUUCCAUGAUCCAUACAUCACGUCUUUAUAGGUUUGGCGUGGACGCGCAUAACCCCCCGUGUUAACCAACCCCGUGUUGAUUGAACUAAUGCAUAACCCGUGCGGUGGAACCGACAGCUCUGGUUUAGUUGGCACAGGGUCAAUCAACCUAGAGUUCAGCGUUAACUCUGUGUUUGUUAAGCCUCCGUUCGUGGAAUACCCCACAGGGUAAACACACUCUGGGAUCAGGUUAAACACACACACUGAGAUCAGGGUAAACACACUCACUGGGAUCAGGGUAACCGCUCAUAUGAGGGGGGUGGAUGACGUCCGCAUCUUCUGGACGUAACGCUUGAAGUUCCAGCGAUGUCCAUCCCUUCAGUCCCACGAUUAUCUAGAAGGCAGCUUAAUAAAAAUAGAAUGUAGUUCAUUAUAAUCAUAAAAUUUCAAUCAUUAAAUAAAUCAAAAAAAAUCAUGAAAUCCCAAGUAUAGCAUGAAUAGAUGUGUCUGUCACACGGAAACAAGCGAUAUAUAUUUCAAAGUGUUGUGCGGUUCUUUAGGCUCAGCUCUCAAAGAUAAAUGUCUUCCUGGGACCACCGGAGAAAGGCCGCUCCUGAUGACAUCACAGGAGCAGAAUGGCAGCCUGGUGAUGACAUCACAGGAGCAGGGGGGAAGCAUGGUGAUGACAUCACAGGAGCAGGGGGGCAUGACGGCGACAGUGAAGCACUUGUUACAGCUCUCCCCUCCUCUACUCUCUGCUGUCCGCUGUCACCUCUCGGCUGAGGCCACAGAAACAGGUGGGGGGGGCCCGUCCAGCCGGGCUCUCUGCAGAGCCACGGCCCACCUGGCGGUGGCGGCGGGGCAGGCCAGCCUGCUCUGGGUGAUGUCCAAGUCGCAUCAGUUCCUGUCUUCAUGGAGCCUGGACAAGUUUCUCCUCAUCACGCAGGGGGACUUAAAGGUUUUACGUGUGACUUUAGAAAGGCUUUUACAACAAAUGGAGACCCUGAUGGUUGAGGGAGCCCCUCAUCUCUACCGUCACCACCGAGUCCUCUUGAGACGGCAGAUUGUCGCCGUACGGAGCUGUGUCUCUGAGCUGCAGGCGUUCUCUUCCGUGGCUUUGAAGAUUUUCUCCUGUGGCUGCAAGCAGAUAUCAGGGGAGCUGUUUGAGCAGAGCAUGCCCUCCGCCAAACACUGGAGACUGACCUAUAGAACAGAAUUUCCCAGCAGCCCCAGCGAAUACAUGUUGUUUGCAGCUCAGAGUGUGAUUGGUCAGGUCCUGGAGGGCGUGGCUCCGCUGUCAGACGACGCCCGCGUCCAGACCCUCAGCAUCACCAUGACGGCCUUCGUGGAGGCCUGGAUGGAGCACAUCCUCAAACACAAGAUCAGGUUCAGCGUCCAGGGAGCGCUCCAGCUGAAGCAGGACUUUGACUGCAUCAGAGGAUUCCUUCAGUCCGACGAGUUCAGUCCGUCAGCUGACCUUCUCCACCUCCGGGUAUUCCAGCAGAUGGACUCAGCAGUCAUCUGUCUACUACAGCAGCCUCAGCCAAAGCCUUAUCUCCAGUCCCGCUGCUGGGAGCCAUUCAGACGAUGCUGCCCGACCACACGCAGUGGCAGUAGCAUCGAUGUGGCCAUAGGGGCCAGUAUAACCAACCUAGAGAACAUGGAAGGAGAGGUGUUGACCCAUUCCAGCUCCUCCCCCCUGACUCCCGUCGCCCCCCAAGCCCCUCCCCUCUCUCCCAGCCAGACUUACCUCGCUCCCAGUUUAGCUUUAGGCGCGGUUCAGCAGGAAUGGUUAGACUUGAGAAUCCACAACAGCGUCUCCCGAUGGCGGCUACCAGGACUGCAGUGCCUCUCCAAAUCCGAACACUAAAUUAGCAGCCUGUCCAAAAUCCCCCCCCCCCCCCCAAUAAAUACCUCAUGUCUUGGUGUUGCAGAAAAUAUCCACUUGCACUCUUGGGUUUUUCCGAGCACGAAAAAAAAACACCCUUUUCUUCCUGGUGUGUAAAUGUAUCGAGAGAUACAGGUGAGAAGUGUAAAUCAUUUAGUUUAGGAGGAAUGAGCAUAGUUCCUGUUUCGGCUGAUCCAGUACUGCAUUGUUUGUAGUAGGGAUAGGCUCCUAAUUAUACACUGUUCCUAUUCUAUUGCUUUUUAUAGAAGUGUCAGCUUUUCUUUACUAGUAUGUGAAUGCAACAUGUGUACAUUUUAUAUAGCAUAUCUUAAUACUUUAUACAUACUGUGAUACAGCUGUGUCCACAUAUACAUAUAAUACAAACACCACAAGCCUUAUGUUAAUGAACCUGCACUGACCAGUCAAUCAGCACUCAUUAAAUCUAAUGAGCCUCAUGCUCAUACACACAGGGCUCACCAAUAGCCACACGUACAAAAGCUACUGAUUACUUAAUGAACAGGUUAAAUACAUGGCUCAAAACUGCUCCAAACCGGAACUAACCCGCGAGUGCCAGUUCUCCUCAUAUUAGACAUUCUCUGGCAGUGCUUCGAAGCUUAUACAGACAGAGCCCGUCUACGAAGAGCCUGGGCACUCCCUAUACGCCCCAUUGUACCGAUUUUGGUUGUAGUUCCAUGAGACAUCCACUGGGGGUGAUCGCGGGCGAGUCCAGAUUGAAUGGGAGUCUAUGGGGCUAAACGGCUAAUUAUGCCUCUUUCACCUGCUUGUCGUUGAAAUAUCGCAAAUUUUAUUGUAGAUUCCGCAAGUUCAAUAUAGAUUAUGGUUCAAAAGUCAAAUGAGUGAGUACUUAUGUCCUUUCGAUUUCUUACAGUUUGGGCCGUUGUUGGCCAUACACGCUAGCAUUCUGCUAAUGAAUGCUGAUUGGUCAGGGACGGACUUGCGACUGAUUACGACCAGAGACCCCUCUUACGGCAUCUGAAGCUGAAGAGCAAUGAGAAACGUGUUAACUCAAUUUUUGAGUACUGUAUUUAGAUUUUCCUGCAGGUCCUUUUAUUUUUUAGAUAGUAUGUAUGGUGAAAGUACAUGGCAUAAAUGGAAUUUCUUCCAUUUCUUGUGUUCAAUGUUCAAUGUGUUAUAGCCUAUACAUGGUAGGUACGGUAUGACCACCUUAAAUAAUACAGUCAAUAUCCCGCUCAAUAUCAUUUAAUCUGUCAUUGUCUAUUUUUCGAAAAUAAAGAUAGUUUAAAAAAGAAAUGCCUCGUAAAUGUGCAAUGAUAAACUGCACUUACAGUGGAAACGGAUUGUCCGUCUUUUCGUUUACCAAGGACAGAAAAAGGUAACGUUCUUGCUUGCUCUGUAUGAAUGGUCCUAGCCAGGCUACCUGAGGCUUCACCUGUUAAGGAAAGUUGCGCUGGAGCCCGGGUAAUAUCGCACAUGGCUUAUUCAA